AUGAGAUGCAUCUAUCUAUCUAUCUAUCUAUCUAUCUAUCUAUCUAUCUAUCUAUCUAUCUAUCUAUCUAUCUAUCUCAGUCUGUCAUCUAUCUAUCUAUCUAUCUAUCUAUCUAUCUAUCUAUCUGCCCAUAUCUAUGUAUCUGUUCAUAUCUAUCUAUCUAUUUAUCUGUUCAUAUCUAAGUAUCUAUCUCAGUCUGGCCAUAUCUCUAUCUGUCUUUCGGUCUGCUUGUUCAUAUCUAUCUAUCUAUCUAUCUCGACGCAAUUUAUGUAUCUAUCUCAGUCUGCCCAUCUAUCUAUCUAUCUAUCUAUCUAUCUCGAUCUUCUGCCUAUCUGUCUAUCUAUUUGUUCACAUCCCUCUAUCUGUCUGAUCAUAUCUAUCUAUUUAUCUAUCUAUGCAUCUAUCUAUCUCGGUAUAUUCAUAUCUAAAUAUGUAUGUAUGUUAUAUCAAUAUAUCUAUUUCACUCUGCUAUCUAUCUAUCUCGGUCUGUUCAUAUCUAUCUAUCUAUCUUUCAGUCUGCCCAUAUAUCUAUCUAUCUAUCUUUCAGUCUGCCCAUCUAUCUAUCUAUCUAUCUAUCUAUCUAUCUAUCGAUCUAUCUAUCUAUCUCGGUCUAUUCAUAUCUAUCUAUCUAUCUAUCUAUCUAUCAGCCUGACAAUAACCCGGAUCUAUCUAUCUAUCUAUCUAUCUAUCUAUCUAUCUAUCUAUCUAUCUAAAUUUGUUCACAUCUAUCUAUUUAUGUAUGUAUGUAUGUAUGUAUGUAUGUAUCUUAGUUUGUUCAUAUAUCUAUCUCACUGUUUAUAUCUAUCUAUCUAUCUAUCUAUCUAUCUAUCUAUUUAUGCCUGUUCAUAUCUAUCUAUCUGUCUAUCUAUCUAUCUCAAUUUGUUCAUAUCUAUCUAUCUAUCUAUCCAUCUAUCUAAAUUCGUUCAACUCUAUCUAUCUUAA